UUCAGCGAUGUCAACUCGCGCCAAGUUGACGUUGGGGCGUCCCUCGGGUUCGCCGCGUUGACAAUAUGGGGAGUGCAUUUCCAGCAGGAAUUGCAACAUGAGGCCAUGUACAAAGGUGUCAUACGCGACGACGAACGCCGGAAAGAAAAGAUGGAACAGCGAGAAAGGGACUUAGAGGAGUCGAAAAGGAAACGGGAGCUG